UCAGCCAGCUCAAAAGAAAGUCUUGGAGCUGGUGGUGUUCUCCCUCCCUCCUGCCUUCACGUGAUUCAGCUUCCCCACGCCGGGAGCCGAGGACAAGCCUCGCUGUGCGAGAUGGCUGCCGGCGGCUGCCUCCUUUUUCUCCUUCUGCCCUCGCUGGUCACAGCUUCACACAGCCCUCCUGGCUGUAAGAUCCGGAUUACUUCCAAGGGGCUGGACCUGGUGAAGCAGGAGGGGCUGCGCUUUGUGGAGCAGGAGCUGCAGAACAUCACCGUGUCGGACCUGCAUGGGAGUGAGGGGCAGUUCCAGUACAACAUCAGCCAGGUCAAGGUGACAGACCUGCAGCUGGCCUUUUCAGACCUGAACUUCCAGCCCCAGCAGCACCUUGUCUUCAACAUCAGCAAUGCUUCCAUUAGCCUACGCUUCCGCAGGCAGCUGCUCUACUGGUUCUUCUAUGACAUUGGGUCCAUCAAUGCCUCUGCGGAUGGUGUCCACAUCUACACAGUGCUGCAGCUGGCCAAGGAUGAGGCUGGGCGCCUCAAGAUCUCCAAUAUGACCUGCAGCGCCUCCAUAGCGAGAAUGCACGCUGGCUUCUCUGGCACACUCAGGAAGGUCUAUGAGUUCCUGAGCACCUUCAUUGUCACGGGGAUGCGUUUCCUCCUCAGCCAGCAGAUCUGCCCAUCCCUGGAGCACGCCAGCCUGGUGCUGCUGAACUCUUUGCUGGACACAGUGCCUGUGAGAAACUACGUGGAUGAGCAUAUUGGGAUUGACUACUCCCUCCUACGGGAUCCUUCCAUCACCACUGACACCCUUGAGCUCGACUUCAAGGGCAUGUUCUUCCCCCGGGUGAGAGAGGACCAGGAGCUGGAGAACCACGCGGUGGAGCCGGUGAUCAAGGAGACCGAGCGCAUGGUUUACGUUGCCUUCUCCGAGUAUUUCUUCGAUUCAGCCAUGCACUCGUACUUCCAGGCAGGAGUACUGACCAUAGAGCUCCAGGGGGAGAAGGUGCCCAAGGACCUGGAGGUUUUGCUGAGAGCCACAUUCUUUGGGACUAUCUUCAUGCUGAGCCCUUCUGUGGAUGCUCCGCUGCAGCUGGUGCUGCAGGUCUCUGCUCCCCCACGCUGCACCAUCAAACCCUCAGGGACCUCAGUUUCUGUCUCUGCUUUCCUGAACAUCUCACUGGUGCCCCCGGACCGCCCACCUGUCCAGCUCUCCAGCAUGGCCAUGGAAACCAAGCUGAGUGCCAAGGUGUUUCUGCAAGGGAAGGCGCUGCGUGUGCAGCUGGACCUACGACGCUUUCGCAUCUAUUCCAAGCAGUCAGCGCUGGAGUCGCUUGCGCUGUUCUCACUGCAGGCCCCUCUGAAGACCCUGCUGCAGCUGACCAUCAUGCCCAUCAUUAACGAGAGGACAAAGAAGGGGGUGCAGAUCCCACUGCCCGAAGGCAUGGACUUCACCAGGGAGGUGGUCACCAAUCACGCGGGAUUCCUCACAGUGGGAGCUGAUCUCCACUUCUCCAAGGGGCUGCGGGAGGUGAUUGAGAAAUACCGCCCGGUGCCAACCGGCUCCAGCUCCCAGCCUGCAGAGCCCAGCCUGGAUCCCAGCUCACUCUAGCUCUCCUCCCUGGACCAAGGGCAGAUCCCGGGCUGGACCCGUAGACCGUAGGUAGGAAGCACCUGGUACCACCAGCACAUUGUCAGGGCGUCCAGGCCCCGGUGGGGCACAGCAAGGUGGAGAGGGUGCUCUGGGAAUCCCUGCUGCAGCCCUGCUCAUUACACUAAUAAACCACCUGACUCCAACCA